AUGGCCCCUAGUCAAAGAGAUGGUGCGAGCGAAGCCGCCUACGGAUUCGUUUAUGGAGUUUCCGGACCUGUCGUAACUGCCGAGAAAAUGGCGGGAUCUGCCAUGUACGAGUUGGUUCGUGUCGGUCAUCAAGAAUUGGUUGGAGAAAUCAUUCGUCUUGAGGGAGAUUUUGCUACCAUUCAAGUCUACGAGGAAACUUCGUCUGUUACUAUCGGAGAUCCAGUGCUCCGUACUGGAAAGCCACUUUCCGUUGAGCUUGGACCAGGUAUCAUGGGUUCGAUUUUCGACGGAAUCCAGCGUCCUCUCAAGGAUAUCGCUGAUAUGACGAGCUCUAUCUACAUUCCAAAGGGAGUCUCCACCAAGGCUUUGUCUCGCGAAGCUCGUUGGGACUACAAGGUGUCGAAGGACAUUCGUGUUGGAGCCCACGUCACCGGAGGAGACGAGAUCGGUCUCGUCGACGAGUCUGUGCUUAUCAAGCACAAGAUUCUUCUUCCACCCAACGCGUGCGGAACUGUAACUUACGUCGCCCCGUCUGGACAGUAUACUGUGGAGGAUGUUCUUCUCGAAAUCGAGUUCGCUGGCCAAAAGCAGAAGUUCAGUAUGCUUCAGGUCUGGCCUGUCCGUAAUCCACGUCCGUGCGCUGAGAAACUCGCCGCCAACAACCCGCUUCUCUGCGGUCAACGCGUUCUUGAUGCCUUGUUCCCAUGCGUCCAGGGAGGAACCACUGCCAUCCCAGGAGCUUUCGGUUGCGGAAAAACUGUCAUUUCCCAAUCUCUCUCCAAGUACUCCAACUCUGAUGCUAUUAUCUACGUCGGAUGCGGAGAACGUGGUAACGAAAUGUCUGAAGUACUUCGUGAUUUCCCUGAGCUUACCAUGGAGGUCGAUGGUGUCACCACUUCCAUCAUGAAGCGUACCGCUCUUGUCGCCAACACCUCAAACAUGCCUGUCGCUGCUCGUGAAGCUUCCAUCUAUACCGGUAUUACUCUUGCCGAGUAUUUCCGUGACAUGGGUCUGAACGUCGCUAUGAUGGCCGAUUCCACUUCUCGUUGGGCCGAAGCUCUUCGUGAGAUUUCUGGACGUCUUGGAGAAAUGCCAGCCGAUUCCGGAUAUCCAGCUUACUUGGCUGCUCGUCUCGCUUCAUUCUACGAGCGUGCCGGUAAGGUCAAGUGCCUUGGAAACCCAGAGCGUGAAGGUUCUGUCACCAUUGUCGGAGCCGUAUCCCCACCGGGAGGAGAUUUCGCUGAUCCAGUUACUUCUGCAACCCUCGGUAUCGUCCAGGUGUUCUGGGGAUUGGAUAAGAAGCUCGCCCAGAGAAAACAUUUCCCAUCUAUUAACUGGCUCAUUUCUUACAGUAAGUACAUGAGAGCCCUCGAAGAGUUCUACGAGAAGAACCAUCCGGAGUUUAUCGCUCUCCGUACCAAGUGCAAGGAAAUCCUUCAGGAAGAAGAAGACCUUUCCGAGAUUGUGCAGCUCGUCGGUAAAGCCUCGCUUGCCGAGUCUGACAAGAUCACUCUUGAGGUUGCCAAGAUCAUUAAGGACGAUUUCCUUCAGCAAAACGGAUACACCAAGUACGACAGAUUCUGCCCAUUCUACAAGACCGUCGGUAUGCUCAAGAACAUGAUCGCUUUCUACGAUCUGGCCCGUCAUUCCGUUGAAACCACUGCUCAGUCCGAGAACAAGAUCACCUGGGCCAUCAUUAAGGAUCACAUGGGAGACCUUAUCUACCAGCUUUCGGCCAUGAAAUUCAAGGACCCCGUUGCCGACGGAGAAGCCAAGAUUAAGAAGGAGUAUGAUGAUCUUUUGGAAGCCAUGCAGAAUGCUUUCAGAAACCUCGAAGACUAA